UCCCCGAGCGUGGACGGAGGCCUCGCGGGGUCAGCCCUGGACUCGUCCCACGCAUGGCUGUGUGGGUGUUUGGGGGCCGCCUUGGCCUGCGCGGACAUCUCGGCGCCUGCAGGCUGCUGUGUUCCCGUUUUCAGAGCCGCAGCUCUCAGGGCGAAGAAGACGGGAACAGGGUGCAGUCAUCCUUGAAGACACCCAAGAUCCCCAAGAUUUAUACCAAAACAGGAGACAAAGGAUUUUCCAGCACCUUCACAGGAGAGCGGAGACCUAAAGAUGACCAAGUAUUUGAGGCUUUGGGAACUACAGAUGAACUAAGUUCAGCUAUUGGGUUUGCCAUGGAGGUGAUCACAGAAAAAGGCCACACAUUUGCCAAAGAACUUCAGAAAAUCCAGUGCACGUUGCAGGAUGUUGGCUCUGCCCUGGCUACUCCACGAUCCUCAGCCAGGGAGGCUCACUUAAAACUCACGGUCUUCGAGGAAGGGCCCAUCAUGGAGCUGGAACAGUGGAUUGACAAGUACUCCAGCCAGCUUCCCCCACUCACAGCUUUCAUUCUGCCUUCUGGAGGCAAGAGCAGCUCAGCCCUGCACUUCUGCCGGGCCGUGUGCCGACGAGCUGAGCGACGUGUAGUGCCUCUUGUCCAAAUGGGAGAAACAGAUGCAAAUGUGGCGAAGUUCUUAAACAGGAAAUGGAGAAGCAGCUCAAGUAGCCAGCGUUCCUAGGCUCCACCCUUGCAACUGAAGACUCAGCGAUUACCUCUUCACUGUAGCCAGAUAUGCAGCCAUGAAGGAGGGCAGCCAAGAGAAAAUAUACAAGAAACGUGAUGUGUGAGACAUGUGGAAAUGGUGAGAGCCUCGGAGGCCCGUCUGGAGAGACUGUGGUGUUAACAGAAUGGAAGUGGGGCUGAGGUAGACUUGGGGUCGCCUCACACCCCCUCUCAGACUCCUGCUGGCUUCCCUGGGCUGUGCUUGAACACAUGGGACUGAGCUCCAUACUGCUGGAAGGAAAGGAACACUGAAGGCUACGAAGAAAAGGGGUCACUCAGCAUUGGGACUGAACAUGGGGAAGGUUUGAAUCUCACACUUGGGGGGAGUGUAUAUAAGAAAGAAAGAGAUGUUGCUGCCAACUCGGGCUUCUCAAGGAUUUGGAAUGUACCAGAGGCCCCUGAAGUUACCAGUGCCAACACUGAGCCCUCUGCUUUUGCACUGGGCUGGUGACUGCUCCUGUGAGCCACACCACACUGUGUUUUAUUCCACUAGUCACCGCUGCUGCUCCUCACUAUGGAAUGACAUUGCCAGUGGCGCUGUGCCCUUGAGAAGAGGGAUAUUUAUGAAAGGCUGAAGGCAGCCCUGAGAGCUUACGGAUUCCACACCUGCUGGUAGGUAGUGACUGCGGAAGCACAAGUCAGGGAUGCUGGAUCAGCUCAGCGCUCUCCCCUAUGCACCUGCUUGGCUUCCAUGCUAGGUGUGGGUGGACUGGCCUCUAGCUGCCUUCCUUGUUAGUCAGUCAGCAAGCAUUUGACUUCAGCCAAGUGCCCUCCCUCCCACCUUCCUGCUGCUGUUUCAGGCUAGCAGCUACACAUAUAUCUAUCUUCUGGGGUCUUUAAAGGGUAGAUGCCUGGAAUACCGCCCCGGGAGGCAGUUCCAUCCAAUGCCAGUACAGCCACCAUAGUGAGGCACAGAUCAGAUAUGGAGUUGGUGCUGUGUGUGCUAAUGGUGCUUGAGUGUCAUGUUCCAGGCCUGGGGGUCGUGUUCCAAGAGCUUGUAGCAGCAGCCCUGUACUCCGCCUAUAGCCACUGCUCCCCCUAAAAAGACAGACUGAACUCAAGGAAAUAGCAGCCUAGACCCCUAGCCUAUGCCUUCAGCAUUCUUUUUUUUUUUUUUUUUUUAAAGAUUUAUUUAUUUAUUUAUUAUGUAUACAACAUUUCUUCCAUUUAUGCUUGCAUGCCAAAAGAGGGCACCAGAUCUCAUUAUAGAUGGCUGUGAGCCACCAUGUGGUUGCUGGGAAUUGAACUCAGGACCUCUGGAAGAGCAGUCAGUGCUCUUAACCUCUGAGCCAUCUCUCCAGUCCCCUGCCUUCAGCAUUCUUGGGUAGCUUUUACGGUAGAUCUCAGUGUUCAGGCUCCAGGCAUGGCCUAGCCUUUUGCAACCGCCCCCCAGUCCUCAUGGGGCAAUUCCCACUGUGCACUGGCACAGCUGCCGAACUGUUGCUUUAAAUUGUACCCAUUUAUCACUGGCCUCUCUCCACUUGCAUACCUCACUCCUCGAAAAGAUUGCAGGAAGGCUCCCUAUCUUUUUAAAAAAAUUUUGUCAAUAGCUGUUUCAUUGAGAUACAAUGCCACCUACCAGAAAUUUCUUUCUAAAAUGGACAGUCCAGUGGGUUUUAUGAUAUUGCCUAGUUUUUGCUACCUCAUAGCUCACACCCGUGAAGAUGGCUCUAGUUUGGGACAGUAUUCACCUUCGUUAGCGAGGUGUCCCCCCUCCCUCUGCAGUGGUGCCUGCCAGUGCUACAGAGGGGCCCCAGGCUCCUGCUCACACUGGACCCCCGCACUGGGAGUGGGGUCACGUUUCUGCAGGAAGGGAAACUGAGGCUCAGAACUGGCCUAGGGGUCUCAUGACCCUCCCAUCCCCAAGCCACCAGCGCUCAACAGUCAUUUUAAUCACAGCGGUGUCAGGCACUAAUAGAUCUGCGGUCGCGUUGCUCACCGAGUUUCCCCUAACUGGUAUUUCAUGGCUAUUGGUAAUGUGCAUUUCUCACUGAGUAAUUUCCCGAGCCUGAACUUGUAGCACAUCCCAGUGAUAAACGUCCCCAGUUCCGAGUCCCCUGUCAGCUGCAAUGUCACCCUUACCUCCUCCUGAGCACCUCCUGACAGCCCAUCCAGUUUUAUGAUCCCUCUGUCCCAGUGAUCAUGACUGAACCUUUAAGAAUCCAGACGCAUUUCAAGUUUAAUUGAAUAAAAUUCUUUGUGUAAUAAAUUCCGCAUGAAUGCUACAUAAAUCAG